AUGGCUCUCAUCACUCUGGCCGCCGUCGCUGCUGCGUUCGCGCUUCCUGGCCUCGCUGCCGCGACCAAGACUCCUGCUGGUGUCAUCUCCGUUCCGUUAUCUCGCGAUGAGGGCCUAACAGAGUACUAUGCCAAGCUGCAGGUUGGCACACCGCUGCAGACAGAGUAUCUCAAGAUCGACACGGGCAGCCCGCGAUAUUCUUUCCUUGACCCUCGCAACGAGAUCUGCAAAAAGCAGGGAAAUAACUGCAAAACGCUUGGUACCUUCAACAACAAAACAUCCAAAACAUCUCACUACGCAGGGACUGGCUUCGCUGAUGCCUUGGGCUACGUUGGUCAGGGCGACUAUCUCACCGACACUGUAGUCAUCGGCGGUGUUUCGACCAAGAACAUGUACUUUGGUUAUACGUCUUUUUAUAGUUUCCCCGACAAGCUCAGCGGUGACAUCCGCACAAUUCUCGGUAAGAAAACACUAUCCGACGUGAUAGGUGCUGAGCUGACAAGCUGCGAACCAGGUCUAUCGCUGGAGUGCGGGGUUGCUGGCCCCAAGUGCACUGAUAGGUUCUCCGCGUAUAUGCUGCCGGAGCUGAAGAACGCCUCCAAGAUCAACUACCUUGCGUCGAGCAUCUACCUCGGCCCCGAUGACAAGAAAGCCGCCAACGCCAGAAUGCUCCUUGGCGGCGCCUACGACAAGGCCAAGAUUGACGGUGAUCUCAUCACCGUGCCAAUGGUCGACCCCUUCAGUGUUGAUCUCACCGGUGGUCAGACCAACUCGGUCAACGUCACCUCUGUCGAGGUAUUCCUCACCAAGGGUAACAACCACACAAAGGAAACAUACGGAAAGAAGAAUGUCGGUGUUCCCGUGUUGCUUGACACUGGUGUUGCGAGCUGGUAUCUCACGGACAAGACCAUGCCUCCUAUCCUCCGCGCUUUUGGUGCCAAGGAACAGCCUUUUGGCCAGCAAUACUUCGUAGUUGACUGCAAGUAUGCUGACUCCAAGCGCAACGACGGGUACAUCGCUGUUGAGUUUGGCGUUCACGGCACGAUCAAGGUUCCGCUCCACGGCGUGGUGUCGAAGUUUCCCGAUGGCACUUGUGGAGUAUUCGCUGCUUCUCGUGGGUAUCCUGUGUCUAUCUUUGGUGAUCCUUUCCUGCGCAACGUGUACAGCAUCUUUGACCAGGAGAAGUUCUCCAUCUCGAUGGGUAAGGUGAAGCAUACUGCUGAGGAGAAUAUUGUACCUUUCCCGAAGGGAGGCUUUAAGCCAACUCACUACUAA